GACGGUGUGGGCGGGGCAGGGACGUAGCGCGCCUAAGGGAAUUUACGGAGGCCUAGGGGUGAGAGGGCCCACCUAGGUUAAGAGUUUGGAAACGUCCGGGGCGAACAGGAAGGCAAGUGAGCAUCUACCCCUUCUCCCCGCUCUCCUUUAUCCUUAGGGGUCGGUACUUGCAGGGACAGCCCGGGGCCUGGUGUAUAGCCAUGGACUUACGGUAUUUGGACUCCAUGUCCUGUCACAACCAGAAAGUAAACUCUGUCUCUAACCCAAUCAUGGAGCCGCUGCGACCUGGCGACCUGAUCUCAGACCCAGCCGGGGGAAACAGCUCCUCCAAGGCCAAGCCAACUCUCCUCCCAGGGCACGCUCAUUCUAGCGUACCCGCUGAGCUGGAUCCUCCUCAGGUUUGCAGCGUGGCCAGCCUCAACUCAGAGAGCAACGGUGGCAGUGGCAACUGUGACGCACCGACCGGCAAAUUCCUCCUAGGGGACCACGAAGUCUUCCAGCAGAUCGGGGCGCAGCUUAAAUUGCUGCCUAUGAAUGAUCAGAUCCGGGAGCUGCAGACUAUCAUCCGUGACAAGACAGCCAGUAGAGGGGACUUCAUGUUUUCUGCGGAUCGUUUGAUCAGACUUGUUGUGGAAGAGGGAUUGAAUCAGCUGCCAUACAAAGAAUGCAUGGUGACCACCCCAACAGGAUACAAGUAUGAAGGAGUGAAAUUUGAGAAGGGAAAUUGUGGUGUCAGCAUAAUGAGAAGCGGUGAGGCAAUGGAACAAGGUUUACGAGACUGCUGUCGAUCCAUACGAAUUGGGAAGAUCCUGAUUCAGAGUGAUGAAGAGACACAAAGAGCCAAAGUAUAUUAUGCUAAGUUCCCCCCAGACAUUUACCGGAGAAAAGUCCUUCUGAUGUAUCCAAUUCUCAGUACUGGAAAUACUGUAAUUGAAGCUGUAAAGGUUCUUAUAGAACAUGGAGUUCAACCCAGUGUUAUCAUCCUACUCAGUCUGUUCUCUACUCCUCACGGUGCCAAAUCAAUCAUUCAGGAGUUUCCCGAGAUCACAAUAUUAACUACUGAAGUUCAUCCUGUUGCGCCUACACAUUUUGGACAGAAAUACUUUGGGACAGACUGAGUUACCAAAGGAAAAUCAAUUAUCUUGUGUAAUAUUACAUUUAAUGUUUGAGUUUCUACUUGUUUUAUUAAUUCACUUGAGGAAUGGCAGAGAAAAUUUUGCUUUGUAAUUUUUGGGAGUGAGUAUAGUAAAGAGGAACUAUUUGAGGUUUAUUUAAUUUAUUUGGUUAUUUCUUUAUUGUUGGUACCAAAUUCAAUAGGGAAGUACACACAACUCUUAGAAAAUAUUUUAAUAGUAUUCUUAUGCAAGUUGAUGAUCCCUCAGGGCAUAGAAACUAUUUCCUAAUAUAUUUUUAAGUAGGCUCCACACCCAGCAUGGAGCCCAGUGCGGGGGCUUGAACCCACAACCCUGAGAUCAAGACCUGUGCUGAGAUCGAGAGUCAGAUAUUUAAUUGACCAAGCCACCCAGGUGCCCCAAAACUAUUUCAUAAUUUUUCAACCUCUCAGUUUGGACUCCUCCUUCAAACCUCUCAGUUUGCCGCCAUAGUAAAAGCCCAAGUGAAAGUCCAUUCUUUGGUCCACUAUACUUUACAUUUUGUUUAGUUUCCUUUUAGUUCUAGGGAAAUUUCAUGUUUAUGGCUGUUGUCACCUGUUUCUCCUCUUUAUUCCCAGUACUGUACAUGCUGGUUACUUGGAGAGGAUGAAAAAAAGAAUGCUUCCUGGAAUUUUACAUUUCCAUUAAUAUCCUCACUCAAUUAGCAGACCCAUGUUAUGUGGUUACCUCUUCAGUCAAGCCAUUAUGUUUUUCAUGGCUUAAUUCCUAUCCUGUGCAUGGUUGGUAGAUGCUUUGCCAAGUAUAAUGCAGUGAAGAAGAUGGUGAGCAUUUUCAACAACUGAAACUGUAACAUUAAUUUACAUAGAUAGAUUGAAUCAGGGAUAUCUGGAUGCUGACAAGGGUGGGCUAAGUACUGUUAAUGCCAUCAAUGCCCUAGAAAGGAAUUUGUGGUAGUUUUUUGAGGUAUGGGGUAAAGAACAGUUUCUUGCUGAGUUUUAUGACCAAUAAGUACAUUAAACUGCUACAUUUUUAAUUUGGAUAUUUCAUUCAAUUUGGAAAUGAGUUCUUUUGCAUGCUUGUCAACUGUAGCUAUAUUAAUGUUAAAAAACCAUGAUAUUUUUUAAAUCCUUAAGAUUUAUGUGUGUUUAUAUUUAGGCCUCUGAAAGGAAGACAAACUGUUGUAGAAAUCAGUGUUUGUGUGCUGAAAAUUGUUUGUGAAAUCCUGAUCUUAUUUUACAUUGAUAUUAAACAUUUUAACAGUG